CCGGGAGAGCGCCGAGCUGCCGCUCCCCGCCGGCUGGGAGGAAGCUCGCGACUACGACGGCCGCGUCUUCUACAUCGACCACAACACGCGCCAGACGUCGUGGAUCGACCCUCGCGACCGGAUUACAAAGCCAUUGACCUUUGCUGAUUGUGUUGGGGACGAACUUCCUUUAGGAUGGGAAACUGUAUAUGAUAAACAAAUUGGAAUUUAUUACAUGGACCACAUAAAUAAGCUUACCCAGAUUGAGGAUCCCAGAGAACAGUGGAGGCGAGAGCAGGAACGGAUGUUGAAGGAAUAUUUAAUUGUAGCCCAGGAGGCUCUCAAUGCCAAGAAAGAAAUCUACCAGAUUAAGCAGCAGCGCUUCGAGCUGGCGCAGGAGGAAUACCAGCAGCUGCACAAAAUGUGCGAGGAUGACAGCCGCUCCUACGCCAGCUGUCUCCAAAGCGGCUCUCCAAUCAGUGUUUCCAAGAAUGGAACGGGAGAAGGACGUAUCAGAAAGACUUGGAAGGAAGUUUCUUGCCAACGAUUGAGAGGAAAAAUUGCCUCAAGAGAAGCCUUUUCUGGAUAUUCAACAAACACAAAGUACGACCCACACCAAAUUAAAGCGGAAAUAGCCAGUCGUCGGGAUAGGCUUUCCAGAUUAAAGCGAGAGCUGACCCAGAUGAAGCAAGAACUGCAGUACAAAGAAAAGGGGGUGGAGACCCUGCAAGAGAUUGAUCGUAAGAUGUCAAAUGCUCACACCAACUACAAACUGGAUGAGGCACAGGCUAUAAUGAGUGAGCUCCGGACCAUUAAGAAAGCCAUCUGUACAGGCGAGAAGGAGAGGCGAGAUCUGAUGCAAAGCCUGGCCAAGCUCACCGAUGGCUUCAAGAAUAGCUUUUCUCUUACCGACCCUCUGCAAGAGUUCCCUCACCAUCCAGGCGGUGGCGAUUCUUUACCUCAGCAGUUCUGCGACGCGGGGUCUCAGACCGAUGUCGUCGGAGAGUUUGUCUUUGACGAUAAAACAAGACUUGUAGACCGAGUCAGACUUAAUUGGCAGUACGAGGAAGCCAGGAAGAGAGUCUCCAAUAUCCAGCAGCAGCUGGCCCAGCUUGAUAGUGAGUCCUGGCCGGGCAUGGCCGAGGCCGACAAGGACCGGCUGCAGCUCAUCAAGGAGAAGGAAGCCCUGCUUCAAGAGCUGCAGCUCAUCAUCCAGCAGAGAAGACCGGCAGAAGAUGUGGCCCGGCUGGAGGAAGAGAGACGGCGCUUGGAGGAGGAGAUCCAGCGAGCCCGGGCCACAUCUGUGCAGGGUGCCACGGAAAGGAUUCUACUUCAGGAAAAAAGAAAUUGUCUACUUAUGCAGCUGGAAGAAGCCACCCGUUUAACUUCCUAUCUCCAGUCCCAGUUAAAAAGCCUGUCUGCCAGCACCCUGACGGUGUCCUCGGGGAGCAGCCGCGGGUCCCUGGCCUCCAGCCGGGGCUCGCUCGCCUCCAGCCGGGGUUCCUUGAGUUCCGUCAGCUUCACCGACAUCUACGGCCUGCCCCAGUACGACAAACCCGACGCCGAGUGCAGCCAGCUUCUGCGCUUUGAUCUGAUUCCCUUUGACUCCCUGGCACGAGAUGCCCCCUUCUCAGACCCUGCGGGCCCCGCGGGCUUCCACAAGCAGAGGCGCUCCCUGGAUACGCCCCAGUCCCUCGCGUCCCUGUCCUCCCGCUCCUCCCUGUCCUCCCUGUCUCCCCCGAGCUCACCGUUGGACACACCCUUCCUCCCGGCCUCUCGCGACUCGCCCUUGGCCCCAUUGGGGGACAGUUUGGAGGUGCCAGGUCUGGGUGCCCUAGACAGACUGCGGGCUCAGGCCUCUGCCCUGGGGGAUGAAGACUUGCCGGGCACGGCGUCCUUUCAGCCGCACACAUUCCCCGCUGACAGGGAAGGACCUCGCGAGCGAGGACCCCAAGUGGCUGCCGCUCCCACGGGCACAACAGUGACUCUUCGAGAAGACAGCGCCAAGAGGUUGGAGAGGAGAGCGCGCCGCGUCUCGAAGUGCCUGUCGGAUUAUUCGCUAGCGAGCGAUAGCGGGGUAUUUGAACCUCCCGCCAAAAGGACUGAAGACGCUGACGAGUCUGCCCACGGAGACGCGUGUGCUGUGGAAGGGCCCCAGAUCCACGUUGGAUUUUGGCAUGACAGUGCCAGCGAAUGUCUCCUUGUGAAUGUGCUCCAACUGAAGAACUUUGCCAGGCUGGUCGUGAAGGACGACUGCAAAAUACACAUCCGAGUCUAUUUGCCACCGCUGGACUCCGGCACACCAGACACUUACUGCUCCAAGGCUGUGGAAUUCCAGGCCCCGCUGGUAUUUAAUGACGUUUUCAGAAUCCCUGUGCACUCAAGCAUGCUGACGUUGAAGUCCCUCCAAUUAUAUGUGUGUUCAGUGAACCCGCAGCUGCAGGAGGAACUGCUGGGCAUAGCUCAAAUUAACUUGGCCGACUGUGAUGGUCCAAGUGAAAUGCAGCUGCGCUGGUACUCGGUCCAGGUGUUCACCAGCCCGGAGCCACCCAGGGCGAGGGAGAGGGAGCGGGCCGGGGAAAGCGGCACCCGGGACCCCGCGCACACUGCUGCCGCUGCCGCUGCUGCCGCUGCCACCACCACCAUUGCCACCACCACUGCCUGGAAGACGGACUCUGUGACGGUGCUGCUGGCUAGAACCACAGCCCAGCUGCAGGCAGUCGAGAGAGAGCUGGCCGAGGAGCGGGUAAAGCUAGAGUACACGGAGGAGGAGAUCCUGGAGAUGGAGCGGAAGGAAGAGCAGGCCGAGGCUGUGUCUGAGCGGAGUUGGCAGGCCGACUCGGUGGACAGUGGCUGUAGCAGCUGUGCCCAGACCAGCCCCCCGCAUCCAGAGCCCUGUUGUGUUGGUGUUGACUCCAUCCACGGACACCCGUUUGCUGGCCAGGCAGAUCCUUACAGCCCUGAGAAACGGCGGCCCCCACCUGCGAAGGUUGAUAAGGAAACCAACACAGAAGACCUCUUUCCAGAAGAAGUGGCGAGUUUUCCGAAGGAGCGGCCAGGCCGCAGGGCCCGCGGGGCGCCUUUCGCCCGGAGCAGCACCAUCGUCCGUUCACAGACUUUCUCGCCUGGGGCUCGAAGCCAGUACGUUUGCAGACUUUAUCGUAGUGACAGUGACAGCUCAACGCUGCCCCGGAAGUCCCCCUUUGUCCGAAAUACUUUGGAAAGACGAACGCUUCGCUAUAAGCAGUCCUGUAGGUCAUCCCUGGCCGAGCUCAUGGCCCGCACCUCCCUGGACCUGGAGCUGGACCUCCAGGCAUCGAGAACUCGGCAGAGGCAGCUGAACGAGGAGAUCGGCACCCUUCGCGAGCUGAGGCAGCGGUUAGAGGAUGCCCAGCUCCGAGGCCAGACCGACCUCCCACACUGGGUGCUGAGGGACGAGCGAUUCCGGAGUCUGCUGAAGGAAGCAGAGAGGCAGACAAGACAGACCAAACUUGACUUCCAUCAAGAACAGGCCGCUGAGAAGAUGCUGAAGAAGGCUUCCAAAGGGGUCUGCCAGCUGCGCGGGCAGAACCACAAAGAGCCCAUCCAAGUGCAGACCUUCAGGGAGAAGAUAGCAUUUUUUACAAGACCAAGGAUUAACAUACCUCCUCUGCCCGCCGAUGAUGUUUGAUGUAGUGCUUUGUACACAUGAAGUAUUUAUCUGCCUGUGUUAUUUUCAUGAAGUUCUUAGACUAGCUAAAUUUGUCUUUAAAAUAUUUGUGCAAAGCUAUUAAUAUACACAUUUUGUAAAAAAAAAUCAAACACAUAUAUCUAUACAUAUAUAUUUUAUAAUAGUGACGGCAACAGGGCUUGGUUUUUCCUUGUUGUGAAAUUGACAUCUCUGAAGACAAGUUAUUUUAUAAAAGAUCAACUAUCAUGUUAAGAAUGUACAGUUUUUACGCUGUUUUAUUUGACUUAAAGGCUGGAAGACAGAAACGAAGUGAGUUCAGGCAAAUUCACUGUAUUGUAAUUUAUUUAUAGUACUUUUUUUUUCCUUGAAGGAAAAUACUGACUUUAAGAUGUAUUUUAAGACUGAAAUUUUGUUCUUCGGUAUUUGUCAUGCAGUAGAAUGGAACUUUGGGGCCGGUUUUGUUUUUGACACGGAAAUGCAAACACUAUGUGCUAAGUUCGUCAGUCACUUGUACCAAGUUUGUCAUGUAUGCCUUUAUCAUGCAUAUCGUCCACUUUCACACUCUGUGUUCUGUUAAGGUCCCCCCAAGGUGGCUCAGUCGUCGUUCAUGUGUGAGAGCAUCACAGAGCUCUGUCUCCCACGUGGACUGCACGCUGAGAGCCCCUCAUUUCUGUGUUGUCGCAGCACGCAUUGUUCUGUGCUCCCCACGAGACCGAAGCAGGCCACAGAGCCCCUGGCGUCCUAGCUGUGGCCUGCCUGUCCUUAGCAGCCGUCUGCGCACACUGCCCCUGCACCACACCCCGGGCAGCCCCGCCUUUCCAGUCUGCUCCAUCUGACCAUGACCCGCCAGGAAGGUGGUGCUGGAGCUCCCGUUCUACUGCUCUGUCAUGAAGGAAAGUGAAAGGGAACUAGGAGCACACACUUUCGUGAGUCAGUGAAUCCUCUGAUAGAGACAGAUCAGCAGUUAUGACGGUUAUGCCGUAGACGUGAUGAUCUCUGAAGGCGCUUUUUAGUGGAGGGAAGCAUAUGUGGGUAACUGCAAUUACCCAGUGAGUCACUUACAGGAGAGUAUUUGAUUUAUUUGAUUGAAAUCACACCCCCCCCAAUACUGGAGUCUAUCCAUAUUUCUUAAGAAAUCAUAGAAGUAGUUCACGAGGAAAAUUUGUUCAUGUAAUAAAAAUAUACCAUUAUUCCUUUAAAAUGCCAAACGAUAUAAACAUUUUGCCUGCUACAUAUUUAUUAUAUAUAAAAUGCACUCUCCUUGAUGAGGCCUUAGAGAAGUCAGUGAGGUGGUCACACGAAAUAGAAAAGAAAACAGGAUCCUCUCCUGCUAGACUUCUCUGCCCCUCCCUUGGAAACGACCCCCUUGAAUCAACGUCUCUUUCUUCUCAGUAGUUUGCAGCCUCCCCCUUGUGUAACCUGCCUUCCUUUUUGCAUUUAUUAAAACUCAAUUUUGUAAAAGCAUUUCACUGACAUGCGACCUGUCACGGGCAAUGUAAUUUGUCAGUGGUGGUAAGACUGAACCUAUGCUUUUUCACAGUUGUCAUGUCUUGCUCUGUAUUUCUGCCUCUAGUCUUGCUUUUUUUUUUUUUUUUGGCCUACCUAAUUUCUCUGUGUACGUACCCACAACAGAGGUAAGAGACACACAAAACGUGGCUCCUUGUCAGAACUGCCCUGUUGCAGACAGCAUUGCUGGGGAGCUGAGGGCAAUGGCAGGCCCUCUCUGUGCCCCCAGCUGUUGAAACUUUGACCUCCAACCCAAACUGUCUGCCACUGGACUCCGGUGGGUGGAGGGCAAAUCAUUGCCGCCUCAGGUGCACGGCUCCCUGGGCGUGGGAGAGUCAGUCCCCUGGCCACAUGGCCCGGCUGGUGCUUUUCAGCAGCUGCCCCACGAAGCUCGCUCUCAGCGGGCUGGUAGGUUGAGGCGACUUGUCCGCCAAGCCCUGUUGAGUAGCAAUGUGGGGAGAACCCUCUGUGGCCGUGCAGAAAGCCCUCAGGCGAGGGUUUCUAAUAAAUCGCACUGCCCAGCACACGCAGCUUUCCGUUUGGAGUGCCUCCCCACCCCAGGGUUUCAAAACAUCCCAGCGGAAGCGAAGGCAGCCCCUGCUUUGGUAUCCGAGGAGCGCUUCUGGUGGCCGCCUUCCCGUGCACUUGCGCCGCCUGCCCACCUGUGUCUGCUUUGGCAGCUGAACGGGACCGCAGUCAGCAAGACAGGAAAAGCCAGACAAAUGACGGAGGGACAGGUGAUGGCUUUUGUGCUGCUCGCCAUCCCUGCUGGAAAUGGCACACGGCCAGCGACAGGCUGGGCCCCCUCGGUGGAGGACUCGGGGCACCUAACUGGCUUCUCCUUCGUGACUUGAUUUUGCGGCUUCUGGCUCCUUAAGACUGCCACGCCUGGGAAACACCCCACAUGUCAGAAAGUGAAGUCCUGUCGUCUUAGGGGUGUUUUCAUCUUCUGUUGAAAUUUGUCCACGUACCAUGCCUUGUGAUAAAGAACACUCUGCCAUGUUUCGUCAGCAGCCCUAGUCCAGGGACGUCUUUAGAAACAGUAUAAUGGGGAAAAGGGAAUUCGGCCUUCGCUUCACCUGAUCACUGAAUCGUCACCGCUGAAAUCAGUAAUCUGUUGUGGGAAUCAGUUCUAAUCAUGAUUCAUCUCUGUUUUGAUCACUGUUCUCUCUAAUUGUGUCAUUCGUAUUGUUUGAAAGUAUUUCUUCUAUAAAAUUAAACUAACCUGCCUUAAGAACAGAAUGGAAAUGUGUGACUU